AUAUAUAAACAUAUUGUACUUGCCAAAUGCCAACAAUUCUUACUUGGAUAUUUUUAGAUUCGUCGAAACCAAUUUUGUUCUAAGAGCAAAGAAAAAAAAAGUUUAAUUUAUUCACAUGGAGGGAAAUGACCCACCAACUGAUGUACCAUUAGUUACUUUUGACGAACCCAAUAACACUCAAACGACGUUCCUUACCGCAAAUAAUAAUAACAAUGGCGAGCAAAUACGCAUGCGUGGGCGUUCAAAUACAACUUCACAAAAUCCUGUAACAAUACUCGAUCCCGGAUUUCGUAGAAGGUCCAGAUCAAUAUCACCUUCACAUGAUUUUAAUAAUAAUAAUAGAGAAAUUAAUUUAUAUCGGAGCCGUACAUUAGGUCAUUCUUAUAAUUCACCUACAACAAGGCCUUCGAUGACAACUUCAAGGACAUUCAUAGAUUCGUCAGAUCAAGACGUUGAUUUACAUGCUCAUGAAUCUUCGAUAACCUUCCAACCAAUUCGAAUGCCAUCAUUUUUGAAUAUGAGAAGAAAUAACAUGUUACCCGAUGAUGAUAUUGUCGAGAUGUCAGAUGUACCAAGACGUGAAAGUUUUUCUAGCUCCUCUACAAAUUUACCAGUCUCAAAUGAAAGUCAAGAAUUCGCUCCUUCGAACGGAAAGAAUAAUAAAAAAAAUGUUCUAAGACAUACCAAAAGUCUCGGUAGAAUGAGUCAAAUGCUUGCAAGAGCUUCCACUCGUGUUGUAAAUAUGGCUAAUGCUUCACAAGAACAGCUUGAAAAAGAAGAGUUGGAUUCUAAUGUUCAUUCCAGAACUUCAAGUCAUAAAAGUUGGAAAAGUAAUCGUUUUUCUGAUAAAAAUAGCCCUACCCUCAAUAACAAUUUUAAUUCUUCACAACAUAAGUCAAAAAGGUUCCCAUCGGGUCAAUUUAACGAUAGGAGCCCUCAGACAAUUUAUAAUUUACAGUCACAGUCUCCUUUGGAAGGACGUUCGUUAUAUAUAUUCGGACCAACAAAUCCAAUUAGGCUCUUAUUAUAUGAAGUUAUAAAUCAUCCAUGGACAGAAUCAAUUAUCUUAGGUCUUAUAAUAACACAUAUUUUGUUAUUAAUUAUCGAUGCAUGGACUCCAGUUACGGAUAGCAAUCCACGUAGGACUAAAUGGGGAUCAUCAGGAAUUGAUUAUGCUUUAUUAGUAAUUUUUAUAAUAUACACUUUGGAAAUUAUUGCGCGUAUUAUAGUAUCAGGUUUAAUAAUAAGUCCAGUGCAAAAUGAAAUCAUGUCAAAACAUGAUGUUAGAGAAGCGUCAACGGAUUCACAAUAUUCGCAGAUGUCAAAUCAAUAUGUUUCAAGAGUUAUAGCACAUAAGUCAGCAAUGAAUACAGCGUUCCUUAGGCAUACUUUUAACAGAAUUGAUUUACUUGCAGUAGUAUCUUAUUGGAUUGAUUUGUUGAUUACUUUAGUAGGAGUGCAGCAUUUCUUCUUAUUUAAAGCAAUUUCAACUUUAAGAAGUUUGAGAUUAUUGGCUAUUACAAGUGGAUGUGCAACUAUCCUGCAAUCACUGAAAAAAAGUGCCCCGUUAUUGGUUAAUGUGACAUCUUUUAUUGGAUUUUUUUUUAUAUUGUUAAGUAUAAUUGGAGUACAGGCAUUCAAAGGAUCGUUUUCUAGAAGAUGUGUAUGGAAAGAUAUAAAUAAUCCAUCAAAUGUUUAUCUUCAUGAAGACCAAUAUUGUGGAGGAUGGAUGGAUAUAGAUGGAUCGAUAAAAUCAGUUGGGGUAUCAGGUUCUCUCGGCGGAAAAGGAUUUAUUUGUCCUAUUGGUCAAAUUUGCGAGGAAGUGGGAAAUCCUUCCGGUGGAUUGGCAUCUUUUGAUAAUGUGUUUUUUUCCAUGAUUUUAGUUUUUGUAAUUUCAACAAUUCAAAAUUGGACGGAACUUAUGUAUCGUGUGAUGGAUUCAGAUUUUGCUUUUGCAAGCAUAUUCUUUAUCUUAACUGUAGUUAUUUUAAAUUUUUGGUUAAUUAAUUUAUUCGUGGCUGUGAUUACAAAAAUGUUUGCAAAAAUUCGAGAAGAUACAUCACAUUCUGCCUUUACAUUAUCCAAAUCAACACCGAUUUUAUCUGACGAUACGGAAGGUUGGACACUACAAGAUGGAAAACAAAUGACUAAAACUAGUUGGUUUGCUCGUAGGAUGGAUGAGACAGUUUAUGUUUGGAUCGUUUUAAUAUUUGCUGAUUUAUUUAUAAUGGCAUUUCGAACUUCUAAUAUGUCAGCUGAAAAGAGUUUUAUUUUAGAUCGCGUAGAAUUAAUAUUUACAAUAGUAUUUGCAAUAGAAAUAAUAUUGAGAUUUUUUUCAUAUUUGCCAAAAUACCACUUAUUUUUCCAGUCCACAAAAAAUAUUGUUGAUUUUACAUUGGCUAUUGUAACAUGUAUUAUACAAUUACCUUUUAUUAAAGAAUCUGUAAUCUAUCCUUACUUAACUCUAUUUCAAAUUCUCAGAGUUUAUAGAGUUAUUGUUGCAAUUCCUAGAUUGAGAGAUUUAUUGGUUAGAGUUUUAGGAAGUGUGGCAGGUUUUGCAAAUUUAGUUUUAUUCAUUUUUAUUGUUAAUUUCAUUGCAGCUAUAAUCGGGGUACAAUUGUUGAGAGGAUCUAUUCCAGAUGGUAACACAAUGAGAUUUAGUGAUAUUUUUAACAGUUUCUUGGCCCUGUAUCAGUUGUUUUCGGGUGAAGAUUGGACAGUUGUAUUAUAUAAUACAAUGCAGUUUGAAUCUGAAAAAGGGAGUAAAGGUACAGCCAUUAUAUCAGUCAUAUUCUUAAUAAUAUAUGUCAGUCUAUCAAACUUUAUCCUGUUGACUAUGUUUAUUGCUGUUCUACAAGAGAAUUUUGAAAUUGCGGAAGAACAAAAACACAAAAUACAGCUACAAACAUUUAAACGUGAUGUUGAUCCAAAAGAAAAGAAAGAUGACGUUAUUUAUAGAUGGAAUUUUUAUAAAUACUUCCAAGCCAAACCAAAAGCUUUGGCUGUUGAAAAUAUUCCAUAUAAUUUGAUCUUGCAUACACAAAAAAGUCGAGUAAGAGAUUUUUUGACUGAUAACGAUAAUUCUACUGGAAAAAAGAAUAUCACUGGGAAUAAGAAGACUUCAACCAAUUUUGUGAUUCGUCUUAAACAAUAUUUUGGAUAUCAUGAUGAAAUAGAUAAAGUGCCUUUGCUUGAGAGAACAACUGACUUUGGCGAACCAAUUACUGAUAGAUCUACAGAAGCAUUUAUGGAUGAUUUUCAAGAACAUCAAGCCAUUAAAGCUGAUUUCUUGGCAGCACACCCAAAUUACGAUGCAUCACUUUGGUUUUUAUCUCCUCGUAAUCGAUUUCGAAGAUUUUGCCAACUUCUUGUUGAACCUAGUCAUGGCGACCGUGUAUAUGGCACAUCACCUUCACCAACAUGGAAUUUUGUAUUUAAUGCAUUCAUCUAUUUAUGCAUUAUUGCAAGUGUUGCUUUCGCUGCAUUUGCAAAUAUGUCAUAUCAAAAAGAGUAUUUUGAAAAAAAUGGUGAUGUAAAAUACCCAUGGUUUUGGAUUACGGAUGCUAUGUUUACAGGAAUAUUUACUGUAGAAUUCAUUAUUAAAAUUAUUGCCGACGGAUUUCUUUUAACUCCAAAUGCAUAUUUACUUGAUGUUUGGAAUCAGUUAGAUUUCUUUGUGCUUAUCACUCUUUAUAUCAACAUUUCAAUCUCAGCAACAAGCACUGGAGGUGUUGCAAAAACCGUUCGUGCAUUUAAAGCUUUACGUGCGCUUAGAUUGAUCAAAUUUUCCAGUUCGAUGAAAGAUAUAUUUUAUUCUAUUUUGAUUGCGGGAGCUCCCCGUAUUAUUGAUGCGUCAUUACUUUCCAUAAGCUUAGUGAUACCUUUUGCGAUUUAUGGAGUUAAUAUUUUUGCCGGGUUAUUCUUUUAUUGUAAUGACGAUGACGAUUCCAUAGUAACAAAUGAUCAAUGUAUAGAUGAAUUUGACAAUAGUAUAUAUAAUUUUAAUGUAUUGAUGCCAAGAGUAUGGAGUAACCCUUUUGGGUAUAAUUUUGAUGAUUUUAAAUCGGCUUUACUUAUAUUAUUUGAAAUUAUUUCUGGAGAAGGGUGGAUAGAUGUUAUGGCAACAUCUAUGAAUAUUGUGGGACGAGAUUUUUCUCCACAAUCUAAUGUUUCCAAAUGGAAUGCGUUAUUUUUUAUUUUUUUUAAUUUAGCUGGAUCUGUAUUUGUUUUGACAUUAUUUGUAAGCGUAAUCAUUUCCAAUUAUCAAUUGAAAUCUGGGAUGGCUUAUUUAACUGCCGAUCAAAAACGAUGGGUCGAUCUGAAGAAGUUGUUGAAACAAAUUACGCCUUCAAAAAUUCCAAAGAGACGACCUAGUAAUAGAUUUAGAGCUUUAUGUUUUGAUUAUGCAACAGAAAAGCGUGGAACCCUUUCAAAGAUUAUGAGUAUUAUUUAUAUUUUGCAUAUUUUAUUAUUAAUGACUGAAAUAAAAAGUACUUCACAUCUUUGGGAUAAUAUUAGAGAUGUCGUAUUUAUAAUUUUCAUUGUAAUUUAUGUACUCGAAUUGUCCGCUAAAGCUAUUGGUCUAGGAUGGAAAGUGUUUCAUAAUAAGUGGAAUGUAUUUGAUUUUAUUGUGAUUACUGGAGCAGCGGCUACGACAAUUUCAGUUCUAGCAUUGAGAAAUAGUAGAAUAAUGACUCAAGCUCAAAAUAUAUUUUUAGUGUUGAUUUGUCUAAAACUAUUUCAAAAAAGUGAUGUUAUGAAUCAAUUAUUUAAAAAUAUGAUCGGGAGUUUACCUUCAAUUCUCAAUUUAUUUGCAGUCUGGUCUAUUAUAUUUGUCGUGUACACUAUCAUGUUUAUGGAAAUUUUUGGAUUAACAAAAUUUGGAACUAAUGAAGGUAGACAUGUAAAUUUCAGGCAAUUUCCAACUGCAAUUACAACCCUUGUUAGAAUGUCAACUGGUGAGGGCUGGAAUUCAAUCAUGCAUGAUUUUGCAGUUGAACCACCAAAUUGUGUAGAUGAUGAAAAUAACAUAUUUGGAUCAGAUUGUGGAAGUAAAGUGUGGUCAUAUAUAUUAUUCAUAAGCUGGAAUGUAUUGUCGAUGUAUAUUUUUGCGAAUAUGUUUAUUGUGGUAGUUUCGGACAAUUUCUCGUAUUGUUAUCAAAUUGCUGCAGAUUUUUCAUUAGUUACUCGUGAUGAAAUCAGAGGGUUCAAGAAAGCUUGGAAGGAUGUUGAUGUUGACAGAACUGGAUACAUAAAAAGCAAUGAAAUCGCAAAAUUUUUCUCGAAACUUAAUGGAUCGUUUCGAGUUCGAAUUUAUGAUGAUGAAUUUCUUGUGCCAUAUCUUAUAAAAAAUUCCACUGUUAUUGUUACACAUGAGGAAGGACCACUAGGACAAAUAUGGGGUACUAAUAAACAAAAAAAUAGUUUAAUCGAAGUUGAAAAUCUUGACAUCAGAAAAUUAGAACGAAAUUUAUCAAAAAUUAAUACAAGUCAAAUUUAUGAACGUAGAAAAAUUUAUAAUCAAAUAUAUCAGGAAGCAUUACUAUCAGUUGAAAAGGAUUCCGAUGGAAAUGAAAAGGGGAUUUCGUUUACUAAUAUGCUCAUAAUGUUUGCGCAUUAUAGACUGAUUAACGACGACCAAUGUUUAGAAAUUCACGAAUACAUAAAACGUAAAGAAAAGUUAGAAAGAGUUAAUGACAAUGUUAAUAAAGACCUCGUCAAAUCUUUAUUACGAACAAUUUAUUGGCGUAAGAAAUUCAAAAUGAUUAGAGAACGACGAUUAAGAGUUGAAAGACAUAGUGAAACAACAGCAAAUGGUAUUGGCGUUCCACGCAUUAUGGUUAAUGAUUCCGAUGCACAAACUCUGAGAAUCGAUACAAAUUUAAGUAGAGGUUCGCAAACACGUAAUAUAAGGGGCACUCCAAGCCCGGUUUCUUCGACUGGUACACCAAUAUCAUCUCAAACACCUGUUUCUCCUGUUUCUCCUGGUUCACCUAAUUCCGUUAAUUCCGAUCAUCAUAUUUCUGAUUACUUGGACUAUUUCAGUUCGAGAUCUUCAUUCAGACGUUCUUCUGGAGAAUAUUCUUCAAGAAUAUCAAGUGAUAUUGUAAGUAAUGAAGGAGAAAAUUCGUUUGAAGAAAGUUGGAAUUUAAUUGAUGCUAAUACUGAAAUGGAUGAUCAAACUGCUAAUCAACUGUUAAAUAAUUUACAAAAUAACUAUUGGCAUGAUGUUUUACAAGAAAUGUCAAAUAACGAUUCAAUGCAAAAUAAUGUAUAAUAUUUUUUUCUUAAUUAAUCUAAUUUUUUAGCGGUAAUGGUAAUGGUAAUAAUAAUUUAUAGAUUGGUUGGGCGAUAUAUACACAACACAUAUAUAAUUAAUUUUAUUAAAAUAUUCUUAUUAUAUAAUAAUUAGUAUUAUUUAUUUAUUUUUUUUAAACAAAAAGUAGUCGAAUAAAUGUAGUAUAUUAAUCAAAAUGUAAUUAAUAUUAAAGGACUUAAGCCAAAAUACGACGGAUUUUUUGAAAAAACUUUUGUAAAUAUUACAAUAGUUAUCAUGUAGUAUUACUAUUAGAGUCAUGUGAUUUUUUUUUUUUAAGCAUAAUAGUAAAAUGUAUGUUAUAAUGAUCGACAAAACAAGUUAUAUAAAAGAUGAGGACUUUUGUCGGAAAUUGGAUGAAAUUUUU